AUGGCUCCUUUCGUGGGUCAGAUGACCAAACUUAACGAAAACGUCAGUCUGCUGUUGAGCGGUCGCGAUCCAGAGUCGGAGGUGGACGGUGAAACCGCCUCUGUCGAAGCAGUCGAAGACUCUGGUCAUGAAGGAGUAGAUAUGGAAGCAAGUCUAUCUGCCAUCCUGGACUCUAAGACCACGGACAAAGCAGCGCCUACGACAGGCGACGCUUUUUUACAAGAGCUUGCUCAAGAUCUCUCGGUCAGGGAGCAAACCUCCCCGCCAAUUCAUGAAGGUCUGGCGGGCAUUUUUAACGGGCUUUUGUCAGAAAAGAUGCCCGAUGACAAGAUCAAGGCGAAGCUAGACAAAUAUACACGGCCCGAAAACAUCAACGGCUUGAGAACGCCGAAAGUUAACCCCCUAAUUUGGAGCCAGCUGUCCGCCACAAUGAAAGCACAAGAUGCUAGAUCUCAGAAAGGGCAAAAUGCUUUCAUCGGCUCCGUAAUAGCCAUGACCAAGGCUACCGAUUUGGUUCUUGCAAAGUACAGCCAGGAUAGAGAUCUGAUUACCCUCUUGACAGACGCUAUUGCAAUGGCCCUUCAAUUCAACCACGAGGUUAACCACUCGCGGCGGGUGGCAAUGAAGAAGGAAUUGCAUAAAGAUUAUGCAGCACUCUGCAACUCGUCCACUGUUGAAGGCUCUUCGGAGCUGUUGUUUGGCGACCUCUCCAAACUUGCUAAGGACAUUUCCGAAGCCAACAAGUUAACUAAGAAGGUUCGCCCGUCGCAUUCCACGAAUUCCCGCGGUGACAAGUACGGGGGACGCUCAAGUUAUGGUUCGAGCCAGGGAAACAGAAGAUUUCACCCCUACGCAAAAGGGAAGGCCUAUAAUUUUUUAGGCAACAGCCGCUUCUCCAAACAAAGAAAGAAAAAGGACGGAGAGACGAGUCAGCGGCAAUGAAAAUGCCAGAGGUAUGUGAUGAAAACAUGACUCUCCCUAAAGGCCUCGAGCCUAGUAUACUAAGUACACUCAAAUUACAAACUAAAUUUCAAGCAGGACAGCUUCGAAAUUUCUUACCUCAACGGAAAACCGACCCCACUAUACUUCAAUUUGUUUCCGGGGUCAAAAUAGAAUUUCAAAACAAUUCUCUGCCCACGCAACAACAUAAGAGACCCAGUGUUUUUAACACUAAACAGCAUGCUAUUGUUAAAGCGGAAAUCGAUAAACUGCUCACUAAAGGUGUUAUUAUACCCGCGGCACAGGAAACGGGGGAGUUUAUCUCUACCAUAUUCCUUAGACCGAAAAAGGAUGGCCACCAUUCUCAAUCUUAAAGAGUUUAACGAAUUCGUAGCUUAUCAUCAUUUUAAGAUGGAUACCCUAGAGGCGGCCAUCAGUAUGAUGAAACCAGGCUGCUUUAUGGCAUCAGUUGAUCUCAAGGAUGCUUAUUACACCGUUCCCAUUCACCCCUCUCACCAGAAAUAUCUCAAGUUUUGUUUCGACGGCGCUUUCUAUCAAUACACUUGCCUACCUAACGGCCUCGCCAGUGCGCCUCGUAUUUUCACAAAAUUACUCAAACCUGUCUAUGCUACACUUCACAGCAUGGGUCACUUAAAUUCAGGCUACAUUGAUGAUUCUUAUUUCCGAGGGGAUACUGUUGCGGACUGUCAACAAAACGUUGGAGACACUGUCACGUUAUUUACCAGCCUAGGGUUUUUCAUCCAUCCAGAAAAGUCGGUUUUCGUUCCUACCCAGCGGUUGACAUUCUUAGGGUUUGUUCUGGAUUCGAUUAGGAUGACAGUUACGCCUACCGAAGCAAAAAUCCAGAAAAUCAAAUCUAGUUGCGACACGCUCCUGAAGACCCCCAUGCCCACUAUAAAACAAGUCGCAGAGGUUAUCGGCAUUUUGGUGUCCAAUUUCCCCGGAGCUCAAUACGGGCCACUUCAUUACAGAAACGUGGAACGUGACAAAUAUCUGGCCCUCGUGUUUAACAAAGGAAAUUAUGAAGGGAAAUUACGGCUAUCUCCCAUGGCGCUACAAGAAAUCCGCUGGUGGCUAAAUAAUGCUAUUACCUUACACAGAGAUAUUCAACAUCCCCGCCCCAGCGUGACAAUUCAAUCGGAUGCGUCCAAAUUGGGGUGGGGAGCGGUUUUUGGGGCACAGAAAACAGGGGGAAGGUGGACCCCUUCGGAAACCGAAUCUCACAUCAACGUAUUGGAAUUGCUUGCCGCUUUCUUUGCCCUAAAAUGUUAUUGCAGCAAAAUGGGGAACUGCCACAUACAGCUUCAGAUCGACAAUACCACGGCCAUUGCGUACAUUACCAAAAUGGGGGACUCUAAAUCAAAAGAACUUGAUCAAUUGGCUUUUCAAAUUUGGGAAUGGUGUAUAACUAGGCACAUUUGGCUCUCCGCUGUUCAUAUUGCUGGUCGGCUGAAUACCGGUGCUGAUGAAAAAUCUCGCGUGUUUUCGGACAACCAUAAGUGGAUGUUAAACAAACAGUUGUUUGACGACAUCCUAUCACACCACCCUGGGCUGGAUUGUGAUCUUUUUGCCAGCAGAUUAAAUUUUCAGAUCAGCACUUAUUGCUCGUGGCGCGGAGAUCCACACAGUGCCCACAUCGAUGCUUUUACUAUGAACUGGAGUGGUUAAGAAUUUUAUGCAUUUCCACCUUUCAGCCUCCUCCCCAAAUGUUUACAGAAAAUCAGACAGGACAGAGCGCACGGAAUACUCAUUGCUCCUCUUUGGUCAACACAGCCGUGGUUCCCUCUCCUGCUACAAUACCUGUGCGAUCAACCUUGGAUUCUGCUUCCACGCCCGGACCUUCUGA